AUGGUCUAUCGAAGUGUAGUUUAUCAACGAGAAGAUUUUGGUGAUACUUAUUCAGCGUUUCAUUCCAUUAUAUUCUAUGGUGAAUUUGCUUUGGUGCAUGUUACAGUAUUUUUUGUUUUGAUUGAUUUCCUCUAUCAUAAACUCAAAAGUCGUCAAUCAUUAUUUUCGAAUAAAGGUGAAUGGGUGAACCUUCUCGAUGUCGAGUUUACUUUCAUGGCGUUCAAUUUAAUUAAAUUGAUUCCGAUACUCUCGGUGAAUAGUUUCAAUUUUAUUCUAACGGAGAUUUCUAUCUGUACGCCAAUCUUUUUAAAAUAUUCUCGAUCAGUUCAAGCAGUCACUUUCACUCUACUUACCUUAAUAAUAUCUAUUCAAGUGAUUAUCGUCCUUGCCUUACUUCUUCUUAUCAAUCUAGUUAAAGUCUACCAGGUAUCUUUUGUUGGCGAAACGCGAAAUCCAUUACUAUGGUCACAAAACCAAUGGUUAUUGUUUAUCGGUUUUGCCGCGAAUAUUAUCAAUAUAACGGAUACGCCGACUAUUAGUCAGUUGUCAUUCAUGUGGACAUUAAUGAAUAAAACUUGGUCACAUGACACAAAUAUGUGGUUUAUGGAUAAACUCGGAAGCAAACGAAAGAUUCAUAUCGUAAAUCAACUGUAUGAAAGACUUGGAUUUUUGAAAGCUUUUCUUUGGCUACGAACAAUGUCAGCUAUUGAUUUACACUGUAUUGUACGUUUACCUCCACCACUCGAAGAGUCUUCUUCUCACAUGUAA